UACAGUUCAGAUAGUGUGCGCACAUGAAUUAUAAUAAUGUCAAACACCGAAGGAAUAGAAAGAUGGCGGUCGAGCGGUAAUUUUGUGAUGCAUGGGAUGUAGUCUACAAAUGGUGUCUUACGUUUCCAAGGGAUUUAUCAAAAUCAUAACAUUAUCGUGCAAUGUGACUACACACUGAUCACGAUCGUCCUGUGAAGCAGACCGUGUCAAGAACGGAAGAACAACGAACAAGAGGGAUAGAAAAGAUAGAAAGAGAAGAGGAGAGUACAGAAAGAGAACGGACCCAGUUUGUACGUAACGAGUGUAAAAGCGGUUCAUUGCUCUGCUCUGAUUUGUCGCCAAGAUGGAUUGGGAGUCGAUCACGAUGGCUAGUCUUCACCUAACGAUGACCGAACAUCAAUAUUAUGAAGACAUAUUUAGUUAUUGCUGUGAAAAUGCAGACAGCGACAGUGUACCGGUCAUCAAAGUUGCCGAACUAUUACGCUCGGCAAAUUUACCAGGAGUUGUCACGAUGAAGAUAUUGGAUAUCUGUUUUGGAACUGAAGCAGCACACAUUGGUACACAUCUUGGAAAAAAACAAUUCUUUGUGCUAUUAAAACUUGUAGCAGCUCAUCAAGCAGGACUUAGUAUCCGUAAAGAUAUAAUUACUAUGCCUUUAGAUGUUAUUACAUUACCAAGAUUUACUUGGCCUGCAUCUGGAGAAGAAGAUGGUAGAAGAAGUUCAGAUUCAAAUAGGGCUAUGAAGAGUCAUCGCCAUGCUCCUGAAAGUACUACAGAAAGUGAAAGUGAAGCAGAGUCUCCAAGAGAAACUGGUGGUAGUACAGAUUCUCCAACACCAACGAAUAGUAUAAUACAGGAGAGAAAUAAUGAUAUAGGUGGUGAAACAAUAUUAGAUUCUGUGUCUGGAGGUUGGCAAGGAUUGUUGGUAUCCGAAGAACAAAGGCAAUUACUAGGAACUGAAGAAGAAAGUUCAGAACGUCAUAGCAGUGAUGAAGGUGAAGGAGAUGGUGAUGGCUCAGGAUUUCCACCUGAAGAAGUAUGGAUAAUUAGUGAUGAACAACGUGAAUAUUAUACUACUCAAUUUUCACAAUUACAACUUGAUCCAGAAGGACUUCUACAUGGUUCCAUAGCCAGGACAUUUUUUGAAAAGUCUGGACUUCCUUUAGGAGAACUUAGUCGCAUUUGGCAACUAGCAGAUAUUACCAGAGAUGGAGCAUUAAGUUUACAAGAAUUUUUAGUGGCUAUGCAUCUUGUUGUGUUACGAAGAAAUCAUGUGCCUCUACCUGAUGUUUUACCUCCACCAUUAUUAAUUCCUUUGCUUAAGCAAAAGACUGGUCCACCAUCCAUUCCACCAACUACUACUACUCAAAAAACUCCACCUAAUACUUCUGGUACUCGUGAAAGAAAUAAAGAAUGGACAAAAUUUGUUGAUUCGCCGACUGGAACUAGCAGUUCUUUAACUAGUCCAGGUUUACAAUUAGUAAAUUUUGAUUUUCAAAAAUCUGCUGUUGAAAAAGAUCCUAAAAUUCUGCAUCCUGUACCAUUGCGUUUGACACCUGAAGCAGCAAUUCUUGCUUCUGGAGCAAAUGGCAACACUAAUAGCUGCACUACAUUAGGAGAUGAUGAUCUCCAACGUACUGCAAGUGCAUUGGUGCAACGACCUCUCAUUAAAAAACCACCUCCACCUCCUGAAGAAGCUAUUAUAGUAACUCCAAAGAAGGAACCACCGCCUCCACCACCACCCAGACCAUACAGAACACAUGCAAGAAGUUCUAGUCUUGAUCUUAAUAAAUUAGGGAAAAAUGGUCAAAGUUUCCUUGGAGCACCUCCGCUAGUUCCACCAAGAAUCUCUCCUGGAAUUACUUCACCUCGAAAAUUGGUUGGUCAAAAAAGUGAGGGAGAGGGACAAAAAGUCCUAAAUGAAAAUCAAGGUUUUGUUGCUGAUUUUUCUCACUUUUCUCCAAAGAGCGAACUACCUGAAAAUUCAUCUCUGGAAACUCCACAAUCACAACAAUUUACUGGUGUCUGUGGUGCGUUUCAUAUUUAUAGAAAACCAAGUCCAAAGCGAGAAGGUGGAGAUGAAGAAGCUCCCAAGGAUGAAGUGGAAGAAUCAAAAAAAUUAACAUUACAAGAAUUAAGAGAAAAAAAUGCCGAAUUGCGAUUAGUUUGUGAAGAAUUAACACGAGAAUUAGCUAGCGCACUUCAAGAACGUAUAAAUCUUCGUGCAAAACUUUUACUUUUAACAUGAUGUAAUUUGUUAUUAUCUUUAAAGACUCCAAACUGUGAAUUAUCGAUUUUUCCUAAAUUUGUUGUAAAAUCGAAUAUCUCAUGUGUCAUGCUAGUCUAGAAUAUUUCUUUUUGCAAAGUUUCAUAACAGUUAGCGUAACCAAAAAUUAAUAUUUUAAAACCUAUUAAUAAAAAUUAUCUAAUUAUCUAAUUAACUAUUCAAUCUAUUUCCACUGUCGGUUACUGUUUAAAAAAUUAAUUAGAUUUCUAAUAUCUUUUUAUAUAUUUUUAAUGUUUUAGAGAUUGUGUGAUUAUGUGAUUUGCUAAUAUAUUUAUAAAUAUUUUAAUUCAUAAAAAAAAUAGAUGUUUUAAUUGUUAGCAGAAAUAUUAAAAAAAUAUUGUUAACAGAAGUUCUCUAUGGUUACGCUAUUCAUAUUUUAUUCUCUUUCACAGAUAAUUCCAACGUGCAUUAUUAGAAAUAUGGAUACAAAUAUUGUAGUAACAUCUGCCACUCUCUAGUAUUCAAAUGUUACACAGCAUUUUAACGUUCAAAUAAUUUUAAAACUUAUAUUUUUUAUGCAUAAGAUUUUGCUAAAUUGCUGAGAAAUAAUUCUUUAUAUAUCAAAGAAUUUUUAAAGUUGAACAAAAAAGUCGCAUCAAAAGGGGAAAGUGGAGAGAGAAAGAGAGAGAGAGAGAGAGAGAGAGAGAGAGAGAGAGAGAGAGAGAGAGAGAGAGAGAGAGUAAGAGCGAAAGAUGGUUACUGUAUACUAUAAAACUAUGAAAAACAUAGUAUAAAACGAGUGAUGAAUGUUUAUUGUUUAUGGCAACAAAAUAAAAUUGUAUUUUCGUAUCGCUGUACAACCAAAUUUUUCACAGCAUGACAUAACAGAUUGGUAUUCUUAAAGUGUUACAAUAUAUUUCAUUUCGUGAUGAUGAUAAUUGUACAUAGCAAAUAGAAUUAAAACAAGGAAUGAGAGAAAAUGAAAUCUGCAGGAACAGAACAUUCAAAUAAUAAAUAUACUUUAAAAAAACCGUUAAUACUUUUAAUCAAUUUGUACGUUCUAUUUUCUCUAUUCUAUAUAGAUUAUUCAAUUGUAUUUUUAAUUGUAAUACAAAAUGUUACAUCAAAUUAUUGUUUUCAUAAGUCAUACGAUUUUAUUUGUAUAUAAAGACACUGUUCUUGAAAUUAUUCGAUAUUAUUAUAAAAAUUAAUUUAAUACUACUGAGAAAUGUUGAAUUAUUUCUUGUGCCAUACGAUAUAAAACUUUAAUAACAUUGUAAUUAAUGUUACUACCAUUUCUUUGAUGGUUAAAAACUUUUGUUAGAAUUAUUUAAAAAUAUUCCAAUUAAUAAUUAUAAGAAAAUCUUUUUGUAAAUGUACAAAAAUUGUACAGAAAGUAUAUGAUAUUAACUGUUGAUUUAUUCCAUUCCUAUUAUUCAUUGUAAUCUUGUAAAAAUGUACCAAUAUAUAGUUGGAGAUAAAGAAAUGUUUGAAAAAUUAAA